AUGGCGCCCGAGGUGUCCUCCUCCCCCGCGCCCGUGGACGCCUCGAGGGGGGGCGCUGAGAAAGCCGCGCGCAGGCUCGGCAUGGGACGAAGGUUCGCGGACGAGGUCUCCCUGGACAACCCCUCCGACGUCGGCGCGAUCCGCAACUAUUGGUACCCGAUCCACUUCAUCUCGAAGCUGAACAAGGGCGACGCGGCCACCUCCUUCGUGCUCUUCGGCGAGCGGUGGGAGCUCGUCGCCGACGACGACGCCGCCGUCGCCGCCGCGAAGACCGCCGUCGGCGUCUUCGGCCCGGAGUACGCGGAGACGCAGGCGCACCUGGUGGACGGCGCCGCACAGAGGUGGACGUGCCGCUCGCGCGACGACGCGACGCGCUUCCUCCCGAUCGGGCUGCAGGACGGCCUCGUCAUGCCCGACGUCGCGUUGCCGACGACGUUUACACCCCCGGCGGGGUACACGACGCACGCGGAGCUCAUCAUCGAGGACGUCCCCGUGGAGCACGGGCUGCUGAUGGAGAACCUGCUGGACCUCGCGCACGCGCCGUUCACGCACACCGGGACGUUCGCGAAGGGCUGGGGCGUCCCCACGUUCGUCGAGUUCGUCACGUCGAAGCUCCGGAGGGAAGGGGACGGGUGGCAGGACAUGGCGCGAGGGCUCACGCGCGAGGGGAUCGGGCUGGGGUCGCAGCAGGGGUCGUGGAACCCGUACCCGAUCGACAUGAAGUUCGUCACGCCGUGCAUGGUGGACUCGCACAUCGGGAUGUCGCAGGCUGGCGCCGCGGGGAAGGGGGCGCAGUUUGAAGAGGGCGUCCAGUGCGCGGAGUGCAGCAACCACCUCCACCAACUCCACGUGUGCGUGCCGUCCGAGCCCGGGCGGACGCGCCUGCUGUAUCGGAUGGCGCUCGAUUUCGCCGGGUGGGCGAAGUACGUCCCGGGGAUCGAGCUCGUGUGGACGGAGAUGGCGAACCAGGUCUUGGGCGAGGACUUGAGGCUGGUGACCGGGCAGCAGGAUCGGAUGCGGAGAGGCGGACGGGUGUGGGCGCAUCCGGUGGCGUACGAUAAGCUCGGGCUGGUGUACCGCAGGUGGAGGAACUUCAGCGUUGGCGAGGCGUGCGACGUGAGCGCGGGUAUCGGCGCGGAGGGCGCGGGGGAGACGGCGCAGCGGUCGCGGUGAGUAGUGAGCGGCUCGGGGUUCGUUCGUCGCUCCAUCCCUAUCAUUCAUUCCAAUCAGAUGUAAAAACACUUUUCGUAU